AUUCCGGACACAGCGGGCGUUGGAGUCCCUCCGCCGCCCCCACCGCCAACUGUCGACCUAUGGACACGCUGCAAAUGCAAGGGAGACAACUUACUCAAGGCUAUGUAUGCGUCUGACAAAGAUGCCGGACAGUACUUCAAGCCUAAACGCGAGGCUGCUCAGAGUCCGUUCGAAAACUAUCCUGACGACUUGAAUACAUGGUAUUGGCAUAACGUGCCUUCCAACAAGAUUGCGGGGUAUAUGUUUGAGUUGCACUGGACAUAUGGAGUCGACCGUGCGCUCGGAGCUCUUGGUGUUUCGGACCGCUCUACCUUGGAUGGUGGCGACAACGAGAUCAUACAGUGCGAUCACUACAACCAGGAUGAAAACGCUGAAGACGUCAGUAAGCAAAGGUAUCGCGUUGAGGAUAAAGAGUACCGAGUCACCGGUGCACGUUUUGUAUUCUCAAUAAACUCAGCCCAAGGAGUGCUUAUCGCCAUGGACAGGCUCUCGCCCAAGCAUGCCGCCCAAAAGAGAAAUCCCCCAAUCCCUGAUUCUGGACUACCCCCAAUCCAGCAGUUUUCUGACGUGGCGUGGCUAUUUUGGACUACUCUUGGUGGCAACAACAACAACAACCGUCCUAUCCGGUACUUCAUGUCCAUCACGAUCACAAACGGCGAGACAGAAGCUGUCAUUGCCAAAGCUUUGAACGACAACGGACUGACUCUCGGACCGUGGCCUGGACACUUCUUUGAAUGGGACACGGACGAAUUCAAGGCUAUCCUAGGAACGUCCAACGGCCAAGGAUUCGGGUACCUCCUAGUGGAACACAAAGCGCAGUUGGGAAACCGGUUCAUCACCCGCGUCCAAGUCUUCCACGGCGACACCUGGCACAAGGCUCCCUGCCUGAUCUUUUACGUUGAGCCGCAGCCGCCGCCAGAAGCAAUCCCUGAAUCCUCGUCUUCAUCCUCAGCAGCAAACGCGAAGCGUACGCCAAUAAUUCAAUCGGACCGUAUAAGGAAGAAGGGGAACAACUUUGAGAGGGUCCACGUUUUGCGCUCCAAGCUCUAGCUUUUCGAGCGCUCUCAUUGCGAGCUUUGACUUGUACAGAAAUCUCGGAAGAGCGAUUUAGCUGGUAGAUCUAACGAGUAUAUUGGCCUCGCUAGAUUCCUUGGGAUCGGGUCACCAGUUAGAGGUCCAGGCGAUAUCAAUCUCUAGCUUACGGAACUGGCAUCCACUCCCAAAAUAAAUGACAC